CUAGUACCCCAGCGGCGGAGCGCCAGUUACCGUCAGUGUCUCUCCGGCCGUCGGACGAUCCGCGUCGCAUACUCGUUCACGACACGCUUUCUCCACGACAACGUGCUCAAGGCAGGUUGUUCUGACACGCCACUCGGUUGCGAAAGUCUGCGCGAUGAUAUACAAGUGAGAGCCGCUAUCGGCCAGGGUAACGCUCAUCGCGCACGGUGAGCCAGUUUAUUCGUGAGAGACAUUCGAAACUCGCCGAGGGACGGGGGGCGCUCCACGCCGUCGGGGCGCACACGCGGAUCAACGUUUCCACAUACUUAACUGUGAAAAGCAACGGAAACCAAUUUUUAAUGUGUCAAGUCAGUAUAGCUUAUUGCUGCUACGUCAGAUCGCUGAACGGCUCGAGCAGGAACUACAAGGUUAUGCAAAUGAGUUCUGAACGCUUCUAUACCAGGGGUAAUCAAAAGACCAUUCACAACUUCAAUAAACUUUAACGUUUGGGUAUACCGUACGGUAUUAAGUGCUAAUCUGUCGUUUCUCUAUCCUAUACUUAUCUUUCGGUGCCGCGAUCGCUAAUUGUUAAUUACUGUGGUAGUCGAGUGAUAAGAAGUCGUGUGUCAGCUGAGUGCACGAGUGAGCUUCAGAGAGGCAACAACAGCAACCAUGGCGUCUCAACAAGAAGAAACACUGCUCUCGCGCUGCGAGAUUCCAAUCAUCGACCUUGCUCAUAUAGGUACAGAUGUGUGUCCCAUGAAAUCAGUGGUGCGGCGCAUCGGACAGCAGUUGUUCGCGGCUCUGAGCACGAAGGGCCUCGCCAUGCUAGUUAACCACGGCAUCGCUGAUGGGAAGUUGAAGGCAGUGUAUGCCGACUUGGACAACUUCUGCGCUUUGCCAGAGGGUUGUCAAGCGCAGUACCUCAAAAACCCAGACAGUAAUCAUGGUUAUUUACGCCCUGGUAUGGAGCAGUUUGAUACCACUAUGAAGGAGUUACGUCAUUGCUACAACAUCACCACGCUGUCUCCCGCAGCCAUGCCGGCACAGGAGGAGGUUCCAGAGUUCCCUCAACACGCGUUCCCGCUGGCUCACGACCUUACCAAUUUGUCGAGGGUGCUGCUUCAAGCCCUUGCCUAUGCCUUAGGUCUUCCGCCGUCAGUCAUGCUCGCUUGCCAUUCUGGGAUGCUCGAGGGCGACGGGCGUAACCCCUCCGCCAUGCGGAUCCUGUACUAUCCUCCAGUGCCUCCUGAAGACGAGGGUCCCUGCUGCCAGAGCGACAUAGUGCACUACACGCGCUGUGGAGCUCACGCCGAUUCCGACACCUUCACGCUUCUGGCGCAGGACUCUGAAGGAGGACUGGAGGUCAAGUUAAAUGGUAGUGAGAAGUGGCAGGCAGUGGGCCACUUGCCGGGCGCUAUCCUCGUGCAGACCGGCCAGCUACUAGCUGCUUGGACGACUAACAUGCUGCCGGCACUUAUGCACCGCGUGGUAGUGCCAUCAGGUACUUACGCGCGAGCCCGCGGCCGUCACUGCGUGGUGUUCUUCUGCCACCCGGACAAAGACGCGAAGCUGCCAGUGCUGCCGCCGCGUGCCGCCCCCCUCCCCGCGCCUCCCACCUUCACCCCGCACGUGCACCUCACCCUGCACCACCGCCUGCUCAACGCCGCCCACCACAUACAGAAGCGCUUCAGGGAAACCUACGCGUGACUAGGACGGAAAGAGAAACUCGAACCCGUCAAAAUGCCGCUGUCACGACGAAACACGGCACCUUGAUUGCUACUGAAAACAGGGAUAUGAUCCGUGUGGUAAUUGCACCAGCAAUUUUCUCAUAGAAAAGUAGCACCGUAGAGUUUACCGUUAUCGAUUCAAAAACAAAUGAAUUUCUAUUUUGGAUAAAAUUAAAGGCAAAUCUGUAGAUAAAUUCCCAGCAUGCGACAUGGAAAUAAAGCAGUUAUAGGUAGUUAGUAUUUUUCUAUUUGCUUUUUUUUAUUGUCUGCACUCUGCACGAAAGCGACCACCGCCGAAGUAGUCACUGAUUGUGUAGAAAUUCGACUUGCACUUCGGACGGAUAGGAAAUUGUAGCAAUCACCGCAUGAUACCUAGUUUAAGGAUAUGAAGCAGCUUUCUGAAUUUAAUUUUGCUUUCGGUAUUUUUUAUUUCGAUGCACAAAGCUUUUGCGAUAAAAUUUUAUAUUUAACUACCUAGUAUUUGUUUUAUUUUUAACAAAUAUGGCUAAUGACAAAAGGCGACUGAUCGCUAUAAGUGGUUGGUUUUAGAAAAUUCUUAUACAUAUUGAAUGAGAUAGACGUGGUCAAACUUCACCCCUUUUUGUGAAGGUUCGAUUUUAAAAGUUCAGUAUUGAUUUCUAGAAUGAUUUUGAUUGUACCGCGACAUUUGAGAUUGUAAAUCAUUAUAAGCAGGAUUUUUUAAAUGUUGUACUUAAUGUAUGUGUACCUACUUAUUGUAAAUCUUGGUACUUAAUAUUUUUUAUCAAUCGAUAGUAUUAGCAAAUACUUAUCUGUUGGAAACGAAUACAUCACAAUAUAUGAAUUUAAAUAGACACAUAUUUCUGAGCUUUGCAAACACCAAACGUUAACACUAAAAAUACAUUUAUUACAGAAUAACCACAUAUUUUACUCGUAUUUCUUAAAUUUUAUAUUUUAUAACAAAAGAUAACUUUUAGGCCUUACAAAAAAUAUUCUUGCCUGAUGAAGUCAGUGUUAUGUAAGUAUUAAAAAGACUUAAUUGACGUUAUCAUUCCGCGUUUUAAUGUUAGAAAAAUUUAUCAUUUAUUCGAAUUAUACUCUUUUCUUCUUCAUUUAUACUUAUACAUAUAUGCCCUUUGUCUUUUAGUUUGAGUUUACAAGCAUUUAUAAUAACAUUUUUUUUAUAUUUCUGUGUGUUUGUGCAUUUUCUUUUGUCAUUAACAUCCCCCGGUGUUCAUAGUUUAUAAAAUACUUAAGUAACUCUAAGCUCUUCUAAUUAGAUCAUUAUAAAUCCUUAUUUAUGUUUUUAACUUCGUAUUUUGCAUUUUUGUUUUCGUAUUUUUAUUAAUGUAUUUGUGGUAGAACAUUUAAGUGAAUGCAAUUAGCGGCGUGAGGUAUUUUUAUUUGUUUAAUCUAUGCGUUUAAAGAACAGUUUUCGUACUUAAAUUAUAUCGUAGUGCAAUUUUUUUUUACAUAGCAAAUACAGUUUUUGAUGAAAUUACUCUUAUGAAGUUCUUACGUGAAUGAAAAGGCUCUUUUCUAUGAUCUCCUUAUUCUUUAAAAGCAUAGAUUACUCUCGUUCUUAUAUAUUCAUCUUGUAUUCUUGUUAUUGCAUUUUCUUCAGCUUUUGAAAUACAUUCUAUAAUUAUGUAGAAACUAUAUAUUGUUCUGUCCUUUUCACGACUACUUAUUUUAAGUAUUAAGUAAUUCGUGUGAUGGCGUCGAUAGCUCAAUUUAGUACCCGUACUUAGUAUACGAUUAUUUUGUGUUCGAACAUCGAAAUUAUUGCUUGAUUAGUUUUAAUUAAUAAGGUUAAACAACAGUGUUUUUAAGAGUAGGUACUUAAAUUUUCCAGUAUGAUAUUGACUUAAUUAGAAUUACAGGAAACGUGACAAAUUAUAUAAACAAGAAUGAGUAACAUUUUUAUAACCAGAUAAUGUUUUAAUUGGCCAUUCAAAUGAAAACAACCAAUGUAGUACCUAUAUCUGAGAAGAUCGCAUAGGUACAAUAUAUAUAAUUGAACUGAAAUUAAAAAAUAAUUUUGACAUGUUUGUUUUGUUGAAGCCAAGUUAUAAUUUCUAUCGUUCCUGUAUUAUUUAAAUAAAUACAUAUAUUUAAAUCUAAAAA